AUGACGGCACCGUAUGUGUAUAGCGUCCGACUUACUCUCGACUUGUGGCUCGUCACCAUCUGCAUCAAUGCCGAGAUUGGCGCCCGGUUGAGUGUGUUGGGUCCGCCAAUGCCUGGUAGAGUUCACGUCGACUUUGGGGUCUUUGGCUUCGGCAUUGACUUUGGCAAUCGCGAUGCUGCGCUGACCGAGGGCAUGGCUAAUAAACUGACUCUCGAGAAGUUCAGGGCGUUGGUUCUUAAGAGUGCAGCAUCUGCAGCAACAGGUGUGCCCAUGAUAGGUGACUGGGCUGAUGUUCAGUCUCAGGAGGAUGACAAUGCUGAAGCACUCGGGGACAAGACUUCUGAGAGCUUUCACUUCAACUGCUCGUCGGCCUUGCUCCUAGAUAACAGCGUUCUUGAUAACUCUUCAUCUAAGAGUGCCGGUGCAUGGAUCCAAGAAAUGAUUGACAAUGAUAAAACGCAUGGCCAGUGUUUGCCGGAGAAUUCCAGUUUUCCAUUACGUUUAAAUUUGCUGCAAACUGUGCCAAAGUCAUCGACAACAGACCGAAAAGACGACUCCAUGAACUCAAAGUACCGUUCAAAAAUGAGAACAUUACCAUCUUUGCUCUCCUCAUGCGCCAACGAAGACAACUCGAUUCAAAGAUUGAAAGUCAAAGUCGCUCGGGAAGACGCUGGCACCAAGACGUGGAAUGAAGACGAAAGAAGAGAAGAUCGCUGGUUGGCGAAGCCAAUUGUGAAGAACAUCCCCAAGAACUUCUGGGGCCAGUAUGGUCCUGCCAAAGACCCUGUUCUCUGUGGCCUCACUUUUGGGCGCCCUAGCUGCCACUGGCAGUAUGCCGCUUUUCAUGGGCUUGACUUUCCAACCACCGCUGCCGUCAAUGGUAAGGGCGAAAAGUGCAAGGGCGAUAAGUGCAAGGCGAGCACAAGGUGGAAUCCGCGAAAGGAGGAUGGAGAGGACGCGCUCAAUCAGUGGACCCGCGUUACGGGAUUUUGGGAUACAGAGGAGACAGAGAAUAAGGCGGUUGAUGUUGUGAAUCUGUGA